AUGUCUCGGCGAUAUGAUUCACGGACUACCAUCUUCUCCCCAGAGGGUCGACUCUACCAGGUCGAAUAUGCUCUAGAGGCCAUCUCUCACGCCGGUACUGCCCUUGGUAUUUUAGCUAAGGAUGGAAUUGUCCUCGCUGCGGAGAGAAAGGUGACCAGCAAGCUGCUGGAACAAGAUACCUCUGCUGAGAAGCUCUACACAAUCAACGAUAACAUGAUUUGCGCCGUGGCUGGUAUGAACGCCGAUGCGAACAUCUUGAUCAACUAUGCCCGGCAAAACGCCCAACGCUACCUCAUCACCUACAACGAAGACAUCCCUUGUGAACAGCUUGUGCGCCGACUGUGUGAUUUGAAGCAAGGCUAUACCCAGCACGGUGGUCUCCGUCCGUUCGGUGUGUCGUUCAUCUAUGCCGGGUGGGAUCACCUCCGUCAAUUCCAGCUGUACCAGAGCAACCCCAGCGGAAACUACGGUGGAUGGAAGGCCACAAGUGUCGGUGCCAACAAUGCUAGCGCACAGAGUCUGCUCAAGCAAGACUACAAGGAGGACCAGACAUUGAAGGAAGCCUGCGCCAUGGCCGUCAAGGUCCUGAGCAAGACCAUGGAUUCUACAAAGCUGAGUAGUGAGAAGAUCGAGUUUGCAACGGUAGGCAAGACCGAAGAUGGAAAGAUCUACCACCACCUAUGGACUGCGGAUGAGAUUGAUGCGCUUCUCCGGGACCAAGGGCUGGCCAAGGUGGAUGAUGAGCCUGAGGCUGGUGACAUAAAAUAG